GUAGCCGCUGCCAUCUUGUCACGUCUACUUGCCGAUUCAUAAUUUUUUUUUGGACUUGCUGACACGACAUUGUCCCCUUUUUUUUUUUGACUUUCUCAUUCUUUACCCACCGCCAUGGCCGAUUACGGCACAGAGGGCAACGCUCUGCUUGCGCAGGCGCAAAAACAGGGUGAGGUCGUCCGCGAUCUCAAGUCCAGCAAAGCCCCAGAAGACCAGGUCAAGGCUGCCGUCGCUGAGCUCCUCAAUCUCAAAAACAAGUUCAAGGAGGUGACCGGCAAGGAUUAUCCUGCACCCGCAAAGCAGGAGAAGAAGAAGAAGGCUGCGCCGGCAGCGGCGACACCUGCUGGCCCCGUCGAUCCCGAGAAGGAAGCUCGCAAGGCCGCAAAAAAGGCUGCCAAGGAUGCCAAGAAGGCCGCCAAGGGUGAUAAGGCUGCUCGUAUUGCUGCUCGCAACGAGGCGGCCGUGAAGAAGCAGGCGGCCGACUUGGCUGAUGAUCAGUCCCAGGACUUGUACGGCAACCUUGCCCUUAUCCAAUCCACGGAACGCUCUGACACCGUUUACACUCAAAUCCAGAACCUGGUGCCUGCGCUGGCCAACAAUGAAGUGACUCUCCGUGCACGUGUCCACUCCAAGCGUGUCACUGGUCGUUUGGCUUUUGUGACGCUGCGCCAGCGCACGCACACCGUGCAGGUGGUCUUUGAGGAAAACGCCACCAUCUCCAAGGCCAUGAUCAAGUUCAUCGAAAAGCUGAACCCCGAAUCCAUUGUCAACAUUGUGGGCACCGUCACUGAGCCUGCCACUCCCGUCGAGAGCUGCACCCAGCGCGACGUCGAGAUCAAGGGCAAGGCGUGUUUCGUGGUGACGUCGGCUUUGCCGUCGCUGCCCCUGCAGAUCGAGGAUGCUGCGCGUGGUGAGAACGAUCCCAUGGCCGUGGGCCAGGAUGUUCGUCUGGAUAACCGCAUCCUUGACCUCCGCGCCGAGCCGAACCAGGCCAUUUUUAAGCUCCAGUCGGGUGUGGGCGCUCUCUUCCGCAACUUCCUCCUCGGCGAGGGCUUCACUGAAAUUCACUCGCCCAAGAUCAUUGGUGCGGCGUCCGAAAGCGGCUCCACGGUGUUCAAGCUGGAGUACUUUGGCUCGCCUGCCUUUUUGGCGCAGUCACCCCAGCUAUACAAGCAGAUGGCCAUCGCCGCCGAUUUCGAGCGCGUCUUUGAGAUUGGUCCCGUGUUCCGCGCAGAAGAUUCCAACACGCAUCGUCAUUUGACCGAGUUUACGGGCAUGGACUUUGAGAUGGCCUUUUACGAGCACUACCAUGAGGUCCUUGACGUUGUCGACCGUCUCUUUGUGUCCAUCUUCAAGGGCCUGACCGAGAAGUUUGGCCACGAAAUCGCCAUGGUCAACAAGCAAUUCAACCGCGAGCCCUUCAAAUGGCUCGAGCCCACGCUGCGCCUGGAGUGGCCCGAGGGUAUUGCCAUGCUGCGUGAGGCUGGCGAGGUCAUUGGUGAUUUUGAUGACAUCAGCACACCUCAAGAGAAGCUUCUCGGCCGUCUCGUGAAGGAAAAGUAUGACACCGAUUUCUACAUCCUGGACAAGUUCCCCCUGAACAUCCGCCCCUUUUACACCAUGCCCGAUGCCAAGAACCCGGCGUACAGCAAUUCCUAUGAUUUGAUGAUGCGUGGUGAGGAGAUCAUGUCGGGUGCACAGCGCAUCCACGACCCAGCGUUGCUGGAGGAGCGUGCCACUGCGCACGGCCUGUCUCUGGACGAGAUCAAGGCGUACAUUGACGCCUUUCGAUAUGGCUGCCCACCCCAUGCCGGCGGUGGUGUGGGCAUGGAGCGUGUUGUGAUGCUCUUUUUGGGGCUGCCCAACAUCCGCAAGACCUCACUCUUCCCCCGCGACCCCAAGCGUAUGGAGCCCUAAACAUGACGUGUUUUGUUUGUUGAUCUGCGUGAUUUCGUCGUGUCACUUUGGCUUUUCUGUUCGCAAUCGCACACAAUCGCCCU